AUGAGUGUCAACUAUAUCAAUGUUGCAGAGAAAUUCCAGGAGCACUUCCUUGAAUUAGCAAAGAAAACAGAGAACAUUCAACCAUUCUUCACUGAAAAAGUAAAAGCAAAGAUUUUUGACGAAGAAGUUGAAGGAGUUCAAAAUGUUCUUAAGAAAUACGAACCAUUAUUACCAUUUAACACAACAAAGCAUCCAUUACAAGCCCAACCAAUCCAAGAUGGCCUCGUUUUGACAACAGUUAUCGAAGCAAAUUCAAAGAAGUUGCUCGCUACAUUCCAGCUUAAGGAAGUUGAUUCAAAGACCCAUCAGUAUGGAAUCACAGGCAAUAUCCUUGCAAACUACGAAUAA